UAUACUUGACCUCUGUAGCAACACUCACUGCCGACUUUGACAUAACCGGUAUCUAUGUGUUCAAUAGUCCUUUUUUUUCAAAACUUAAAGGAGCAGCACAGCUGGGUCACUGACGAUAUUCGAUGCGGGAAACAAGGGCACGUUAAACCUGUAUUAGAACACUUUUUAAAACCGGGCACUCGUGUCUCUUUGUGUUAAAAUACCGCGUACCGCAUUAUAUUCAACUUCCAGUUGUCACUGAAACUGACGGACAAAAACACCGCUCCACUUCCGGCGAACCUGGGUCGGACAUCCGGUGCGUGUAUUGAAAGCUGAUUGGUGGAUUUGAAAAAGACGUUAUGCCAGAGGCGGAGGGAAAAUUCGAACAGAAGCAGAAGGGACGCGUCGGCAGCACAGACGUUGAAACUGUGUGAAGUAGUAAAAACGCAGUAUUUUCACAAUGAUCAGGCCUCUCAAAGGCAAAACUCCCCGCAGACCUGCACCAAAGAAACCAUCAAGCAACCAAAAAGAUCCAGUUGGUGUGUACUGCCGAGUGCGCCCACUGAGUAACGAGGAUGAGGAAUCCUGUAUAGAGGUGAUCAGCAACACCACCAUUCAGCUGCAUGCUCCGGAUGGAAUCAAAGCCAAUAGGAAUGGCGAGUUUAAGGAGACUCAAUAUUCUUUCAAGAAAGUGUUUGGCAUUAAGACGUCUCAGAGGGAGCUGUUUGACGAUGUUGCUAAACCACUUGUAGAAGAUCUCAUUCAUGGUAAAAAUGGUUUGCUUUUCACUUAUGGUGUUACGGGGAGUGGGAAAACUUACACCAUGACAGGAUCAGCCGGACAAGGUGGCCUCCUUCCUCGCUCUUUAGACAUGAUCUUCAACAGCAUAGGCCCAUAUCAGGCCAAAAGAUUUGUAUUCAAGACCGACGACAAGAAUGGCAUGGAGAUUCAAAAUCAAGUUGAUGCUUUACUGGAGAGGCAGAAAAGAGACAGUCAGCAGUCUUUGCUAAAAACUCCAUCAUCCAAGCUAAGAACUGAUCCAGAAUUUUCAGAAAUGAUCAACCCUGGAGAAACCUGCAAAGCAGAGGGAGUAGAUGAGGACAGCAGCUACAGUGUUUUUGUUUCCUACAUAGAAAUAUACAAUAACUACAUCUACGACCUUUUGGAAGAAGGACCGAUAGAUCCAAUUAAACCAAAGUGGAACAUUGGAGGCACACCUCUGCGGAACACUGAGUUCAUACCACCUCAAUCUAAAAUUCUGCGAGAAGAUCAGAAUCACAAUAUGUAUGUGGCUGGGUGUACAGAGGUUGAAGUGAAAUCCACAGAGGAAGCCUUUGAGGUGUUCUGGAAAGGUAUGUUUCAGAGCAGGAACAAUAGUGCUAACAUCACUUCACCUUCUGUAGCUUCUUUAAAUAUUUGCUUGUCUCCAGGGCAGAAGAGAAGGAGGAUUGCAAACACCCAGUUGAAUCGAGAGUCUAGCCGCUCUCACAGUGUGUUCAUUGUCAAACUGGCCCAGGCCCCUUUGGAUGCUGAUGGAGACAAUGUUCUUCAGGAUAAGAACCAAAUCGCUGUAAGCCAGCUGUGUCUGGUGGACUUAGCAGGAAGCGAGCGUACCAGCAGGACCCGAGCCGAAGGAAAUCGGCUGAGGGAAGCAGGAAACAUCAAUCAGUCCUUGAUGACACUGCGCACAUGCAUUGAAGUUCUUCGUGAAAAUCAAAUGUGCGGUACAAACAAGAUGGUGCCAUACAGAGACUCUAAAAUAACACAUCUUUUUAAAAACUAUUUUGAUGGAGAAGGAAAAGUCAGAAUGGUUGUUUGUGUCAACCCUAAUGCAGAGGAUUAUGAGGAAACUAUGCUGGUUAUGCGGUUUGCAGAGAUGACACAGGAAGUAGAGGUGGCACGUCCAGUGGACAGGCCAAUCUGUGCUUUCGCUGCCGGGCGUCGGCAGAGAAACCAGGCCUUCAAGGAAGAGCUCACCCGUCGACUAGAAGAACGUGGAGGACCCGUUAAUGGAGAGACUCCAUUUGUGAUGAAUCAGCUCCUGCAGAGUUUCCCACCACUGCCCCCUUGUGAAAUCACUGAUCCCUCUGAUGACCACACCCUGCCCAGACUCAUUGAGGUGUUGGAAAAGCGGCACAGGAUCAGGCAAAUGAUGACUGAAGAGUACAGUAAAACUGCCAACAUGCUGAAAUCCAUGCUUCAGGAGUUUGAUAGUAACCUCAUGGCUAAAGAGAAUUUUAUCCAUGAACAGAGGGGAAAGUUGGGAGAAAAGGAUAAAAUGAUUCAAAGCCAAAAGACUGAAAUUGAUCGGUUGGAGAAGAAGUCAAAAAUGCUUGAAUAUAAGAUUGACAUUUUACAAAAAACUACAAAUAUUUAUGAAGAAGACAAGCGCUCCUUGCAGCAUGAACUGGAAAAUAGAGAACAGAAGCUCCAGAGGGAGCUCUCAGAAAAGAAACGCAUGGAAGCCCGCAUGCAGGGAAUGGUCACUGACACCAAACUGAAAUGGGAGAAAGAGUGUGAGAGGCGUGUCCAGGCCAAGCAGCUGGAGAUGCAGAACAAGCUGUGGGUGAAGGAUGAGAAAUUGAAGCAGCUGAAGGCCAUAGUGACGGAGAGUAAAACGGAGCGGCCAGAGAAGCCCCAGCGUCCAAGCCGUGAGAAAGACAGGGUCCCGAUUAAGCGCUCUGCUUCGCCUUCACCAGUGCCUACUGCCCCGCCGGUUCGGCCCCCCCACAGACGCUCAAACUCAGCGGGUGGGGAGAGAUGGGUAGAUCACAAACCAGCUUCUAAUUUGGAGUUAGACACUGUAAUGCAGCCAAACAUACCCAAUGCAAUCAAGGUUUCUGCACCCAACGAGAAAGCGUUGUCUAAAUGCGACAAGUAUGUGCUGACUCACCAGGAGGUUGCAUCUGAUGGAGAAAUUCAGACCAAACUAAUCAAGGGAGAAGUGUUUAAAACCAGAGGUGGGGGUCAGGCUGUUCAGUUCACAGACAUCGAGACUCUGAAACAGGAAUGUCCUGUGGCUCCCAGUCGUAAGAGGAGAUCUUCUGGCAAUGACCCCCCACAAACUGAAGCUAUGGAUGGUGACUGGACAGAUGUGGAAACAAGGUGCUCUGUGGCUGUCGAAAUGAGAGCUGGCUCAAACCUGGGCCCUGGAUACCAGCAUCAUGGAAAUCAAAAACGCAGAAAACCAUGACCUGCAUGUUCAUCAGCAACAAAGUCACUUAUUUCUCACUGUGCUUAAGUGCAAUAACUUUCACUUUACACUAUGUUUGGAAAAAUGUAAAUAUUCUGCAACAUUUUAAUGUAUACAGUGGCUACAUCUACAAAUCAUUUGAUUUGCACUUGUGAUGCUCUCUGACAUGCUGUCUGGGGUUUUGUAAUACUACUGUUACUCUUUGCUAUUUAUGCAAUUUUUUUGGGGUUUAAGCAUGUUAGCUGUAGAUCAUUUGUUUGUAACCUUUUUAAACCAAAUCUUCCUAUUACCUGCCCCAAACAAUGUUAUACAUAUUGCUUACCCUAUCCUUUCUCAAAAAGGCUGUUUAGAAAAGGUAUGCAAGAAGGUGACAGUUCAAUCAUACUCUGUAUUAAAAUUAUUUGCCCUUGUCCUAAUUGCAUACCAAUUGAUGUAGUACUGAUGGCCAAUAUUAAAGGCAGUUAGACAACCGCACUAUGUAUGGCUAUUCAUUCAAGGUCAGAGUUAAAACAGGCCCCUGCUCAUAAUAAAAAUGGAACAAAUCCUUGGUUGUACUACUCUGUGAUCCUCAAGGACCUGUAAAGGCUUCUCAUGAACCUGAAAUUUUUAUAUUAAGUCCCCAACUGUCACACUUGCUUUACUGAUGUUGAAUUAAAAUUUCUGUUCCAAUGUUUGAGGAAAACAUGAGCUAAACCAGUAUAAAACACUAGUGAUAUCAGACAUUACAUGAAAUGGAAACCCUCACCCCCCAUUGGAUGAGGCUUCUCCUGUUCCAUCAGUAUCACACAACAGCACCUGAUUGCAGAAAACUCUUGUCUUGGGGCUUACCAUCAUCAUGAUCCCCUGCAGUGGAAAAGUGUUCUGAAGCUGAAAUGAUAAAGGAAAGCCAGCAUCCUUACAAAUGAGGUACUGUGAUUUGAUUUAUCAUAAUGGUUCACAUGGAGCUCAGCAAAGAGGGGUUACAAGAAUUACCUAACUUGGCACUGUUCUAAUACAGGUUCUUUAUACGGGUGGUUCCCAAUUUCGAGGGGGUUACAUUCCCCGAAACCCAUAAGUCAAAUGCAUUUAAUACACAAUGCAGAUGGGGAGAUCCAGAGCACUGUUACUCUCAUGAGGCUGGGUAGCAUCACUUGCUGAUGAAAAAAAUCUUAAAUUUGAAGUACGGUUUCUACUGAAUGUCUUACCAGCUCACCAUUGUAAAUCAGGGACCUCCUGUAUAGCACAUUGAAAAGCAGCUUGUCAAAGCACUUUACACUACCCCCCAUAUUGUCCCCCAUUCUCUUACCACCUACCAUCUCACUCAUCACUGUAGCCUCUUCACAACGGACAGCUCACGCACUAUAGUAACUUCAUGAACAGUCAUGGAUUUUAAGCCGCCGGACAUCAAAUGCAGGCUCCUUCUAGAAGACCCUGUUCAGUGGAUUAAGGAGGAGUUUCUCAAAAUGUUCCUUCAACCACUAAACAGCCUCCCCAGGAAAAGUCAGUAGUUCCACACUCUUGCUGAGCAGAGCCUGGGCUGGAUCAUGAUGGACCGCUCCACUAACAGACCAUCACCUUGGCGUGGUAGUAGGACUUGUCUCGCUGAAUCUCAGCACUUUGACAUGUGAAGCAUUGUCCUUUUAGUAGGGUCUGCUGUGGUGAACAGGUCUGAGAGGAGAGUCUAGAAAAAGUAGCCUGCAAAGAUUUCCACGAGUACAACUAAAAACUAAGUGAAUCCUGCCUAGGCUACAGUUACUGGGACCCUCUCCUAGAACAAGACAAGAUGCACUGGGUGUCACCCACGUAACCUUCUCAAUCUAAAAAAUUAAAAUGACAAGAAAACUAAGUGAACAGCUUUUAAAAAUUACAACAAAAGCAUUACCUACAGCCAAUAUCAAAAACCAGGUAUGAGCCAAGGUAAACCACCAAUCGCAAGAACAAACGCACACAACGCGUUCACCUGCCCAUAAACACAGACACCAAUUCACCUGAACAGAUGUCUUUGGACUGUGCAAGAAAAUCCCUUAGAGCAAAGGGAAAACAUUCAAACUCCA